AUGACAUCGCCGCCGCUGCCCACGUUCGCCCAAGAUGCUGCGUACAUCUCGAAUGUGCUCGAACGGGUUGAUACGCAGUAUGUGAUGACGCAUUUGUAUGAUGUGGCAUCCCAGCGUGUUUUUGGUCGACAAUGUGUGGACAUGGUGUGUGGGUCUGCCAAACCGACACACCUCGACUUGCGAGCUGAGCCCUCGGCCGGCAUGGCGCGUGUACUCGACGUAUUGCACGCACGUACCCAGACUUUAUCGCCCGCAGAACUCUUGAUCGUUUAUGUGAUAUGGAUUGCGUUGGGUGAAUACAAUAUCAAUGCGUAUCGAUGGAUGUUACGACGAGACACGAUGCAUGUAUACAUACACAGACUGGUUCAGAACAUCUGGGCCGGGCACUAUGCGGCGCAGACAAGUGCUUCGCUUGUUCAUGACACAGAUGUGGCGUUCGAACCUGCGCUGCCCCUGCCGCCCGACCACCACCGGCUCCAUGUUGACGCCCGAUCAGAUACCCCGAGCGACUCGAGGCGAACGCGGCAUGUGCUCAUAUGCGUAGAACGGCACGCUAUGCAUAUAUUAUACGAGUGUCUUUGCUCUGUUCGUCUGUCUUCUCACGACAUGCGUGGCAUAACGCGCCCUUUUGUGGAUCAUGUACUGUCCGUGAUGGAGACGCAUGAGUCGCACGAACAAAGCGCCAUCUGCAUGUCCGUGAUGCUCGCGCUGCAUGAGCAAUGCAUGAUGUCGACGAAUGCCGCGUCGCUUCUCUCACACAUUCAGCAUCGCUUGCACACAAGCAAGCCGUUCGGCGAGAAUGUCGUGUACCUGCUGAAUCGGACGCCGAGUACGACAUUCGAUGGGUGCCGGUUCCACAUUCUCGUGCUCAAGUUACUUGGAGCCAUAUUCACGUUGCGUGAGACGGCCUCUUACUUUUAUGUGAAUGACCUCAAAGUAUUGGUCGACAUUUUCCUGCGUCAACUGGGUGACUUGCCGGAUGCGUACGAUGUGCUUCGGCAGGCUUACCUGUGUGUACUCCAUGCCCUGCUCACCCAGACUCAGUUGUGGUCGGUGGAAUACAAACGGGCUCAUAUUGUGCGCCUACUUACGAAUCUGGUCCGCACAGCUUCUCUGCAUGACAUGAGCGAGCGGACCUUGACUUUGGCGCAGCUGUGCCUCGACGCUGAGUGGUGCGUCGGGACAGAUGCUGGCAAUACUCCGCUUGUUGCCUGUCUGCACGGAGAAGGGGGGAUCCGAGGGGCUUCUUCUUCCAGCCAUGACCAUGACGUGAUUCAGUACAUGUGGCUACUCGCCUGCUUACAGCCUACAGCCGCCUCACAGGCAUGCAUGUUGGGUGUCGACGCGGAUACGAUCCCUUUGUUAUGGUCCGAAUACGAGCUAGAAGAUGAGCAGGAGGCGUGCAUGCCGCUGGAUUUCGACGUGCGCACCCUCGAGUCAUGGUCACGGCAGAGUAGCGGGGAUGCUCCGCCACAUAUCGGCAACAGGCGCCGUGCGCCGCCCGCGCCGCCCGCUCGUAUGCCGAGGCUUGCCCACACUCUCUCGUCCGCAUCCAUGCCAGAGCUGCAUGCUCACUCAAGUUCUGUCGACCCGCCCUCCCCAUCCGCCGCCAGUGGCACAGUGACGCCUCCCCUUCGACGACAGGCGCCAGCGAUACCCGCACGAGAGACGCCUCCGACCGGUCUUCGCGCCUAUGUACAGCGAUAUUGGCGUGGCAAGCACGAUGACACGAGGCAUCCGCGCCGUCGGCACGUCACGUCGCACGAUGACUUUGACACGCCUGCCCCACGACGUCGUGCACCGCCGCCGCCGCCCUCGUAG